CCCUCCACCCCCCACGCACAUACAACACAACCCUGGAGAGAAGGUUUGUACACAUGCAGUUAACCGUAAGCCACCAACGCAGCUAUAAGGACGCAGAGUCAACCCGGGGUUUGCGGGCAUCUGAGCGCACUAUUGGCGUUUGAUUAGCCCUGGAGAUCACCCUACUGCUUUGUAGAGGCGCUGGUGGGGCAUGCUCGUGAUCCCCAGCGCCGGGGCCAGAGGGUGCCUCUGUGCUGAGCUGUGCGGCCGUGCUCGGAGGAUAUCUGCUGAACAGUAUCGCGGGCAAUUAUAUAAGCUGCCUCAGUGAUCUCCCAGAUCUGUAUUGCAAGCACCCGGCUCUUGAAAGACAACCCUGAAAGUUUUACUGUUUGGGGACUAUGGACAGUCUGAGGCUGAGAGAGGGCUAGUGAUUUCUCGGACACUUGGGCAGUAGAACGCAUACCACCCUGUUCUCUGGGAUCCCAUGGCCUUGGAGAGGGGGCUGCAGGGCCCGUGGACACCAACUCUUCCCAGAGCGCUGGCAUGGAGCCAGACCACUCGGCCCUGAGUGCGGCAAGGGCCCAAUUCGUGGAUGUGGAAGAGCGAGAGCCAGAGGCCAUGGACGUGAAGGAGAGGAAGCCCUAUCGCUCGCUGACCCGGCGUCGCGAUGCUGAGCGCCGCUACACCAGCUCAUCGGCAGACAGCGAGGAGGGCAAGGGCCCACAGAAGUCCUACAGCUCCAGUGAGACCCUGAAGGCAUAUGACCAAGAUGCUCGCCUAGCCUACAGCAGCCGCGUCAAGGACAUGGUACCACAGGAGGCCGAGGAGUUCUGCCGCACAGGCACUAAUUUUACUCUUCGUGAACUGGGACUGGGAGAGAUGACGCCCCCUCAUGGGACUCUCUACAGGACAGACAUCGGCCUCCCACACUGUGGCUAUUCCAUGGGGGCCAGCUCUGAUGCAGACCUGGAAGCAGACACUGUGCUAUCCCCUGAACACCCAGUGCGCCUGUGGGGCCGGAGCACACGGUCAGGACGCAGUUCCUGCCUGUCCAGCCGGGCCAACUCCAACCUCACACUCACGGACACGGAGCACGAGAACACAGAAACCGGUGCUCCCUUGCAUUGUUCAUCUGCUUCAUCAACCCCUAUUGAGCAGUCCCCCUCCCCGCCCCCCUCCCCUCCGGCCAAUGAGAGCCAGAGGCGGUUGCUAGGCAACGGUGUGGCCCAGCCAACCCCGGACUCAGACUCUGAGGAAGAGUUUGUCCCUAAUUCAUUCUUAGUUAAAAGUGGCUCCGCCAGCCUGGGGGUCGCAGCAAACGAUCAUCCCAGCAGCCUGCAGAACCACCCUCGGCUCCGGACGCCUCCACCACCACUGCCCCACGCCCAUACCCCCAACCAGCACCACGCGGCCUCCAUCAACUCCUUGAACAGGGGCAACUUCACCCCAAGGAGCAACCCCAGCCCAGCACCCACAGACCACUCACUCUCCGGGGAGCCCCCAGCAGGCAGCGCCCAGGAGCCAACCCAUGCCCAGGACAACUGGCUACUCAACAGUAACAUCCCACUGGAAACCAGAAACCUAGGCAAGCAGCCAUUCCUAGGGACAUUGCAGGACAACCUCAUUGAGAUGGACAUUCUCAGCGCCUCCCGCCAUGAUGGGGCUUACAGUGACGGGCACUUCCUCUUCAAGCCCGGAGGCACCUCCCCGCUCUUCUGCACCACAUCCCCAGGGUACCCCCUAACGUCUAGCACCGUGUACUCACCCCCACCCCGGCCCCUGCCCCGCAGCACCUUCUCCCGACCAGCCUUUAACCUCAAGAAGCCUUCCAAGUACUGCAACUGGAAGUGUGCAGCGCUGAGCGCCAUCCUCAUCUCAGCUACGCUCGUCAUCCUGCUCGCAUACUUUGUGGCCAUGCACCUGUUUGGCCUAAACUGGCACCUGCAGCCGAUGGAGGGGCAGAUGUAUGAGAUCACGGAGGACACAGCCAGCAGCUGGCCUGUGCCAACGGACGUCUCCCUGUAUCCCUCAGGGGGCACUGGCUUAGAGACCCCUGACAGGAAAGGCAAAGGAGCCGCAGAAGGAAAGCCAAGUAGUUUAUUUCCAGAGGACAGUUUCAUAGAUUCUGGAGAAAUCGAUGUGGGGAGACGGGCUUCCCAGAAGAUUCCGCCUGGAACGUUCUGGAGAUCUCAGGUGUUCAUAGACCACCCUGUACACCUGAAGUUCAAUGUGUCUCUGGGGAAAGCAGCUCUGGUUGGCAUUUACGGCAGAAAAGGCCUUCCUCCUUCCCACACUCAGUUUGACUUUGUGGAGCUCCUGGAUGGAAGAAGGCUCCUAACCCAAGAGGCAAGGAGCCUGGAGGGUCCUCAACGCCAAUCACGGGGCACUGUCCCCCCAUCUAGCCACGAGACCGGUUUCAUCCAGUAUCUGGAUUCAGGAAUCUGGCACCUGGCCUUUUACAAUGAUGGAAAAGAAUCUGAAGUGGUUUCAUUUCUCACCACCGCCAUUGAAUCAGUGGAUAACUGCCCCAGCAACUGCUAUGGUAACGGUGACUGCAUUUCCGGGACCUGCCACUGCUUCCUGGGUUUUCUGGGCCCUGACUGUGGCCGAGCAUCCUGUCCCGUGCUGUGCAGUGGGAACGGCCAAUACAUGAAGGGCAGGUGCCUGUGCCACAGUGGCUGGAAGGGUGCCGAAUGUGAUGUGCCCACCAACCAGUGUAUCGACGUGGCCUGCAGCAGUCAUGGCACCUGCAUCAUGGGCACCUGCAUCUGCAACCCCGGCUACAAGGGCGAGAGCUGCGAGGAAGUGGACUGCAUGGACCCCACAUGUUCCAGCAGAGGUGUCUGUGUGAGAGGCGAGUGCCACUGCUCUGUGGGAUGGGGAGGCACCAACUGCGAGACACCCAGGGCCACGUGCUUGGACCAGUGCUCAGGCCACGGAACCUUCCUCCCAGACACAGGACUUUGCAACUGUGACCCAAGCUGGACUGGACACGACUGUUCCAUUGAGAUCUGUGCCGCUGACUGUGGUGGCCAUGGCGUCUGCGUAGGAGGCACCUGCCGCUGUGAGGAUGGUUGGAUGGGGGCCGCAUGCGACCAACGGGCCUGCCACCCACGCUGUGCAGAACACGGGACCUGCCGGGACGGCAAGUGUGAAUGCAGCCCCGGCUGGAACGGAGAACACUGCACCAUAGCUCACUAUCUGGAUAGGGUAGUUAAAGAGGGCUGUCCUGGUUUGUGCAAUGGAAAUGGCAGAUGUACCCUGGACCUGAAUGGGUGGCACUGUGUCUGCCAGCUGGGCUGGCGAGGGACUGGCUGCGACACAUCCAUGGAAACGGGCUGUGGAGACGGCAAGGACAACGACGGAGAUGGCUUGGUGGACUGCAUGGACCCUGACUGCUGCCUCCAGCCUCUCUGUCAUGUCAACCCGCUGUGCCUAGGCUCCCCUGACCCCCUGGACAUCAUCCAAGAGACACAGGCCCCUGUAUCCCAGCAGAACCUGAACUCCUUCUACGAUCGAAUCAAGUUCCUCGUGGGCAGGGACAGCACACACAGCAUCCCCGGGGAGAACCCCUUUGACGGAGGGCAUGCUUGUGUCAUCCGUGGACAAGUGAUGACGUCAGAUGGGACCCCAUUGGUUGGCGUGAACAUCAGUUUCAUCAAUAACCCUCUCUUUGGAUACACAAUCAGCAGGCAAGAUGGCAGCUUUGACCUGGUCACAAAUGGCGGCAUCUCCAUCAUCUUGAGAUUCGAACGGGCACCCUUCAUCACACAGGAGCAUACCCUCUGGCUACCCUGGGAUCGCUUCUUUGUCAUGGAAACCAUCGUCAUGAGACACGAGGAGAAUGAGAUCCCCAGCUGUGACCUGAGCAACUUUGCCCGCCCCAACCCUGUGGUCUCUCCAUCCCCACUGACAUCCUUCGCCAGCUCCUGUGCUGAGAAAGGCCCCAUUGUCCCAGAAAUCCAGGCUCUGCAAGAGGAAAUCGUCAUUGCUGGCUGCAAGAUGAGGCUGAGCUACCUGAGCAGCCGCACCCCUGGCUAUAAGUCUGUCCUGAGGAUCAGUCUCACACACCCCACCAUCCCCUUCAACCUCAUGAAGGUCCACCUCAUGGUGGCAGUUGAGGGUCGGCUCUUCAGGAAGUGGUUUGCCGCAGCUCCUGACCUGUCCUAUUACUUCAUCUGGGACAAGACAGAUGUCUACAACCAGAAGGUGUUUGGACUGUCGGAAGCCUUUGUUUCCGUGGGUUAUGAGUACGAAUCCUGCCCAGAUCUGAUCCUGUGGGAGAAAAGGACAGCGGUGCUGCAGGGCUAUGAAAUUGAUGCCUCCAAGCUGGGGGGCUGGAGUCUGGAUAAGCACCAUGCCCUGAACAUCCAGAGUGGCAUCCUGCACAAAGGGAAUGGAGAGAACCAGUUCGUGUCCCAACAGCCACCGGUCAUCGGCAGCAUCAUGGGCAAUGGGCGCAGGAGGAGUAUCUCCUGCCCCAGCUGCAAUGGUCUUGCUGAUGGCAACAAGCUCCUGGCCCCCGUGGCCCUCACCUGCGGCUCUGAUGGGAGUCUCUACGUGGGAGACUUCAAUUACAUCCGCAGAAUCUUCCCCUCUGGAAAUGUCACCAACAUCCUGGAGAUGAGAAAUAAAGAUUUCAGACAUAGUCACAGCCCAGCACACAAAUACUACCUGGCUACAGACCCCAUGAGCGGGGCCGUCUUCCUGUCUGACACCAACAGCCGGAGGGUCUUCAAGGUCAAGUCCACCACAGUGGUGAAGGACCUGGUGAAGAACUCCGAGGUGGUAGCAGGGACUGGUGACCAGUGCCUCCCUUUUGAUGAUACCCGCUGCGGAGAUGGUGGGAAAGCCACAGAAGCCACGCUCACUAACCCCAGAGGAAUUACAGUGGACAAGUUUGGGCUCAUUUAUUUCGUGGAUGGCACCAUGAUCAGACGCGUUGAUCAAAAUGGGAUCAUCUCCACUUUGCUGGGCUCCAAUGACCUCACCUCGGCCAGGCCCCUCAGCUGUGACUCUGUCAUGGAGAUUUCUCAGGUUCGCCUGGAGUGGCCCACAGACUUAGCCAUCAACCCAAUGGAUAAUUCUCUCUAUGUCCUCGACAACAAUGUGGUCCUGCAAAUCUCCGAAAACCACCAGGUACGCAUUGUCGCUGGGAGGCCCAUGCACUGCCAGGUCCCUGGCAUCGACCACUUCCUGCUGAGCAAGGUAGCCAUCCAUGCGACCCUGGAGUCAGCCACUGCUCUGGCUGUUUCACACAAUGGAGUCUUGUACAUCGCUGAGACGGACGAGAAAAAGAUCAACCGCAUCAGGCAGGUCACUACAAGUGGUGAGAUCUCACUGGUUGCUGGUGCCCCCAGUGGCUGUGACUGUAAAAAUGAUGCCAACUGUGACUGCUUCUCUGGAGAUGAUGGUUACGCCAAGGAUGCAAAGCUGAAUACCCCAUCGUCCUUGGCUGUGUGUGCUGACGGGGAGCUCUAUGUGGCCGACCUGGGAAACAUCCGAAUUCGAUUUAUCCGGCAGAAUAAGCCUUUCCUGAACACUCAGAACAUGUAUGAGCUAUCCUCCCCCAUCGACCAGGAGCUGUACCUCUUUGAUACCAGCGGCAAGCAUCUGUACACUCAGAGCCUACCCACAGGGGACUACCUGUACAACUUCACUUACACGGGGGACGGGGACAUCACACACAUCACCGACAACAAUGGCAACAUGGUGAACGUCCGCCGAGACUCUACCGGGAUGCCUCUCUGGCUGGUAGUCCCAGAUGGCCAGGUAUACUGGGUAACCAUGGGCACCAACAGCGCACUCAGAAGUGUGACCACACAAGGACACGAGCUGGCCAUGAUGACCUACCAUGGCAACUCUGGCCUCUUGGCAACCAAAAGCAACGAAAAUGGGUGGACAACGUUUUAUGAGUAUGACAGUUUUGGUCGCCUGACAAACGUGACCUUUCCAACUGGCCAGGUGAGCAGUUUCCGAAGCGAUACAGACAGCUCAGUGCACGUGCAGGUAGAGACUUCAAGUAAAGAUGACGUCACCAUAACCACAAACCUGUCUGCUUCGGGUGCCUUCUAUACCCUGUUACAAGACCAAGUCCGGAACAGCUACUACAUUGGGGCCGAUGGCUCCCUGAGGCUGCUACUAGCCAAUGGCAUGGAAGUGGCUCUGCAGACUGAGCCACACCUGCUGGCUGGCACUGUCAACCCCACUGUAGGCAAGAGGAAUGUCACACUGCCCAUUGAUAACGGCCUCAACCUGGUGGAGUGGCGGCAGCGCAAGGAGCAGGCUCGUGGCCAGGUCACCGUCUUUGGACGCCGUCUGCGGGUUCACAACCGAAACCUCUUGUCUUUGGACUUUGACCGCGUCACACGCACAGAGAAGAUCUACGAUGACCAUCGCAAGUUCACCCUUCGGAUCCUAUAUGACCAGGCAGGGAGGCCCAGCCUCUGGUCACCUAGCAGCAGGCUGAAUGGUGUUAAUGUGACUUACUCCCCUGGAGGUCACAUUGCUGGAAUCCAAAGGGGCAUCAUGUCUGAGAGAAUGGAAUAUGAUCAGGCAGGGCGCAUCACAUCCCGGAUCUUUGCAGAUGGGAAAAUGUGGAGCUACACGUACUUAGAGAAGUCCAUGGUGCUGCAUCUCCACAGCCAGAGGCAGUACAUCUUCGAGUUUGACAAGAAUGACCGCCUCUCUUCUGUGACCAUGCCCAACGUAGCUCGGCAGACGCUGGAGACCAUCCGCUCAGUGGGCUACUACAGGAACAUCUACCAGCCCCCGGAAGGCAACGCCUCAGUCAUUCAGGACUUCACUGAGGAUGGACACCUGUUACAUACCUUCUACUUGGGCACCGGCCGCCGGGUGAUUUACAAGUAUGGCAAGUUGUCAAAGCUGGCCGAGAUUCUGUAUGACACCACCAAGGUAAGCUUCACCUAUGACGAGACCGCAGGGAUGCUGAAGACCGUCAACCUACAAAAUGAGGGCUUCACCUGCACUAUCCGCUACCGUCAGAUCGGGCCCCUGAUUGAUCGGCAGAUCUUCCGUUUCACGGAAGAAGGCAUGGUCAAUGCCCGUUUUGAUUACAACUAUGACAACAGUUUCCGGGUGACCAGCAUGCAGGCUGUGAUCAAUGAGACCCCGCUGCCCAUUGACCUCUACCGCUAUGAUGAUGUGUCAGGGAAGACAGAGCAGUUUGGGAAGUUUGGUGUCAUCUACUACGACAUCAACCAGAUCAUCACCACAGCCGUCAUGACCCACACCAAGCACUUUGACGCUUAUGGCAGGAUGAAGGAAGUACAGUAUGAGAUUUUCCGGUCACUCAUGUACUGGAUGACUGUUCAGUAUGAUAACAUGGGACGGGUAGUAAAGAAGGAGCUGAAGGUGGGACCCUAUGCCAACACCACCCGCUACUCCUAUGAGUAUGAUGCCGAUGGCCAGCUGCAGACAGUCUCCAUCAAUGACAAGCCACUCUGGCGCUACAGCUAUGACCUCAAUGGGAACCUACACUUGCUGAGCCCUGGGAACAGCGCACGGCUCACACCACUGCGGUACGACCUCCGUGAUCGCAUCACUAGGCUGGGUGAUGUACAGUACAAGAUGGAUGAGGAUGGCUUCCUGAGGCAGCGGGGUGGGGAUGUCUUCGAGUACAAUUCAGCCGGGCUGCUCAUCAAAGCCUACAAUCGGGCUAGUGGGUGGAGUGUCAGGUACCGCUACGAUGGGCUGGGGCGCCGAGUAUCCAGCAAGAGCAGCCACAGCCACCACCUGCAGUUCUUCUACGCAGACCUGACCAACCCCACCAAGGUCACCCACCUCUACAACCACUCCAGCUCUGAGAUUACAUCCCUCUACUAUGAUCUGCAAGGACACCUCUUUGCCAUGGAGCUGAGCAGUGGCGAUGAGUUUUACAUAGCUUGUGACAACAUCGGGACCCCGCUUGCUGUCUUCAGUGGAACUGGCUUGAUGAUUAAGCAGAUCCUAUACACGGCCUAUGGGGAGAUCUACAUGGACACAAACCCCAACUUCCAGAUCAUCAUCGGCUACCACGGCGGCCUCUAUGAUCCACUCACCAAGCUUGUCCACAUGGGCCGACGGGAUUAUGAUGUGCUGGCUGGACGCUGGACAAGCCCAGACCACGAACUCUGGAAACGCCUGAGUAGCAACAGCAUCGUGCCUUUUCAUCUCUACAUGUUUAAGAACAACAACCCCAUCAGCAACUCUCAGGACAUCAAGUGCUUCAUGACAGAUGUCAACAGCUGGCUCCUCACCUUUGGAUUCCAGCUGCACAACGUGAUACCUGGCUAUCCCAAGCCAGACACAGAUGCCAUGGAACCCUCCUACGAGCUCGUGCACACACAGAUGAAAACUCAGGAAUGGGACAACAGCAAGUCUAUCCUCGGGGUACAGUGUGAAGUUCAGAAGCAACUCAAGGCUUUCGUUACCUUAGAACGCUUUGACCAGCUCUACGGCUCGACCAUCACCAGCUGCCAACAGGCCCCUGAGACAAAGAAGUUUGCCUCCAGUGGUUCCAUCUUUGGCAAGGGGGUCAAGUUUGCCUUGAAAGAUGGUCGAGUGACCACUGACAUCAUCAGUGUGGCCAACGAGGAUGGGCGGAGGAUUGCAGCCAUCUUGAACAAUGCUCACUACCUAGAGAACCUUCACUUCACCAUUGAUGGGGUGGACACCCACUACUUUGUGAAACCAGGACCUUCGGAAGGUGACCUGGCCAUCCUGGGUCUCAGUGGGGGGCGGAGAACCCUGGAGAAUGGGGUCAACGUCACUGUGUCCCAGAUCAACACCGUGCUCAGUGGCAGGACUAGACGCUACACUGACAUCCAGCUGCAGUACAGGGCGCUGUGCCUGAACACCCGCUACGGGACAACAGUGGAUGAGGAAAAGGUGCGGGUGCUGGAGCUGGCCAGGCAGAGAGCUGUGCGCCAGGCUUGGGCCAGAGAGCAGCAGAGACUUCGGGAAGGGGAAGAGGGCCUGCGGGCCUGGACAGAUGGGGAAAAGCAGCAGGUGCUGAACACGGGACGGGUGCAAGGCUACGACGGCUUCUUUGUGACCUCCGUCGAGCAGUACCCAGAACUGUCAGACAGCGCCAACAAUAUCCACUUUAUGAGACAGAGCGAGAUGGGCCGAAGGUGACAGAAAGGGCCACGGCCUGGACUUCUUGCCAAAGACAGCUACUCUUCUGUGGCCGUAUUCCUGACUGUGUUGUACUUAACAAAAAAAACAAACAAAAAAAACAAAAAAACAAAAACAAAAAAACAAAGCCUUUUUUUUAACAAGUGCAGAAAACAGAACAGAAAGUUACUUGUUGCAUUGUUAAUUCAUGCAACAUCCUUUUUUUUUAAAGAAAGAAAAACACAAAUUUGGCCUUCACACAUUUUUUUUUUUUUUUUUGCAAAGAAUGGAAGGGUUUUUUUGUUUUGUUUUGUUUUGUUUUCUGUAGUGUGAUCAUGAUGAUAAUUUUAUUGUCUUUUGUUCCCUUUUUUUUCCUUGAGGAAUUUUCCCUGUUGUUGGGGGUACAUUUCUCCUCUCUUGGGGGAGCGCAUCUCCUUGGGUGUGUCCACAUCCACCCCUAGGUACCCAGUGUGAUGUGAGACACGAGUGUCUGUGCUAACUUGUCUCGUGUGUAACCCUUUCUUCUCUGACUGGAGUUGGGCAGGAGUGAGGGGUGCACAGAGUCACAGGCCCGGUGGGACCUUGGGAGCUCUGGUUAGGCUCCCACAGAAGUGGUGAGUUGCUAGUCACCAUGUUUUGUGCCUCCUGAGGACCUACAUCAUGCUCUGGAUGUUCAGCACCUUUUCAAGCCACCCCAAACUCCUGUCUGAGCUUUAUAUUUUGAUGCUAAAUGAACCCACCCACCCCCCUUUUACAAAUCUCUAGUGUAGCUGUCAGUGCCGCCCCCAACCCAUAAUGAAAUAGAGAAAGUGUGUCUCCCAGGCCCUUUCCCUAGUCUGGACUAUGAGCCCCAUCCUUUCCAAGAGGUGAAAGCACCCAGGAUGACUGUGAGUUGUUGAUCCUCCAUGAUGCCCCUCAUCUCCUCCUCUCUCCCAAAGUCAGUUGUGAGAACCAGCAGUGCGCAGCAAGUCCCCAACGUCCAGGGAAGUAGAGGGAACCCUGUCCCCAUGGCUUUGGGUUAUCCUCCCUCCAGUGCUUGAUGCCACCACUGAUGAUUGGAAGUGUGGCAAGAGAUGCCUUUGAUCCUGGAAAGAUGUAUAAAAAACCAAGUCAGCCAAAGACAGGAGUCAGCAAAGGCAUGAGCCAAGCACCCUAGUCAGGUCCUGGAGUCUCCUCUGCCUCCCCUGUUCAGGCUAUUCCCUGAAGGCUAGGCCUUCAGGAAUUUCCUAUGGAAUUCUUCAUUAAAGAACCCCAGGCAGGAGUGGUUUUGGUUUUGUUUUUAAAUAAGAAGAAAGAGCUCUUUGGUUUGGCCUAGCAGGGUCAUACAACCCCACUGAGAUCAGGGAUGGUGGUGCCAGAGCUGGUACCCAUGGACCCAGAAGGCCAGGCUAGCAUUGUUCCUGUGAAGACCUGUGUACAUGGCAUUUGGACGAGGGUAGGCACAGGCGCAGCCAGCGCUGGAGGACCGCCCAGAGGGAGCCAGCAGGCUGGGAAGUGUGGCGGGCAGAGGACUGUAACAAGAGCUAGGAGCUCACUGGAGGAUUCCGUUCCUGGUUUGUCUGCCUAGAUACCAUUGUUAUUAGCACUCCCAGUGUCUGGGAGACUGGGGAAGCCAAAUGCUUCCUUUUGAGCCUGGCUUCUUAGAAAAUGGGACUUUUAUGGGUUACAUUUACAUUAAGUGUGGAAAAUGAAUUCCAAGUCUAAGCUAUUCCCCGUGGGAACCUUGUUGGACUGAUAAAGCUCAUGGCACCUUUAUAGCCUUACAGAGUCUUAAGAAUAUGACAUGAGUUAAUGAAACCAAGAAGGUCUCUUACCGCAUGAGAAUCGGAGCAGUGUGUAGUUCUGCCUGGCAGAGAGAGGUGUCCAAAGCGUGUUGGGGAGGGGAGAUCUCGCCUUAUGUUGUCCCACUGGGAUAAGAGGAUGUGUUUCGUUAAGUGCUCUUCCUGAUUCCAAAAAAAGAAAAAAGAAAAAAAGAAAUCCGUCACGCUGUUGCAACCGUGUGCCACAGCCUGCUCUAUCCACUGGUUGCUCAUUGCCUCUGGAUCAAAGCUCUGCUGGGUCAGAUUUGAUGCCCUCUCAGGCCCACAGUACCCAGCUCGAGCUGUAAUGCAGACCCCCUUCUGGCAUGAUCAUUCUUGGGUGGGACAGAAAAUAGUUUGACCUGAAACACACAGGUUUUUCUGUAUCCAGCAGACAUAUGCCCCUCAAAAUGUACCUCUGCUGUAAGGGUCCUGCGGGCAGGGUUGGCCUGUGAGUUGGCCUAGCUGAUCUGUCCCUGUCCCAUACUGGCUGCCUGACAUUGGCUGAGAUCCACCAAGGACAUUUACUUGUAAGACAGAGAGACAGCAUGUGACCCAAGGGAACUAUAUCCCUGUAGCUGUCCAGCCUGUGACUUCCUCCUCUGUUGCCUCCCUCCCUCAAAGACUAUAUUUUUAGGCAUCAGUGAAUACCAUGAGCUAUGGGGUAUUCUUCUUUAAAAGGAAUGAUCCCAUAUUCUUCCUGGACUGCCAUCCCAGAGAGGAAACAGGCAAGCAUCCCUGAGCUGUAAAGGACCUCAGCUGUAGGCCAGACAGUGCCAUGUGCCUCCCUUGACACUGAUGCUGUCCUCCCUGAACUCUGACCCUGGCUGCUUUCAGUUGGAUUCCACCUCCCAGGUGGGUUUAAAGGCACAGGCCACAGUUCCUUUCGCCUAUUUAGGAGACUUUGAAUAUAAAAUGCCAUCCUGGACAGCUCCCGCUCUUUCAACACUCAUUACAUCUAUCCACUUGAGAGAGUGACCGGGUCUUCCUCACUGGUGGAAGUUUGUGAUUCUGAUGGGAGUUAGCUUCUGAACCUCUAAGGAUUGCUUUUGCAUAGUUCCCACCUUCUCCACCCUCCACAACUGCCAAUUAGUCCCCCAGCCUCAGCCCCUCCUCCAAGACCUUAAACAAGACUUUAUUAGUUCCUGACCUCGUCUUUUAUACCCUGAGACCCCCUUUGUGGUCAUCUCCCAGACAGGCAUCAUUAGACGGUAUUGUGGUGAUAUUGACUCCAUAGUAAACCACACUUUAGCCUUUAACACUUGGCUCAGAAUCACUGGUGGAAAACUAGCCCAAGGUCCACACCAGUGCCUGACUCUACUGAAGGAUGCUGGGCUUGAAAGAAACCCUAGGAAGCUAACGGGAGACUGAGGCUGGACAAGUGCCUGAAAAUAAGAGGGAUUGCAUGGGGGGGGGGGGCAGAUGAUGCAGAAGAGCUGAGUAAACUGGGCAGGGCUUUAUAGGCUUGAAGCAAGGGAAGAAGAAGAAAGGGCCUUACAGCUGUGACUUAAGUGACUGCCUUUAUAGAGAAGGUUUUCAGUGUGACAUCUUGGAACACAUCUUUGCCAUUUGCAGCCCUUGUGUUUCUGCUGGCCAUGUGAUGUGGUGAGAGCAGUGACAUUGGGCUUUGUGCCCAGGGAGAUGAGCUGGCUGGCUUCCAGCAGAGGGCUGGGCUUUGGGGUUAAAUCACCCAUUACACAAAGAUGAGUGUGUCUUUCAUCCCUCACAUCAAACACUUAGCCCAGGUUAUGCCGAUUCUGGGGUAGGAGGAUUCACCUCCCAUGGGGUCCCAGUCUCUCCUCUUUCCCGGGAUCUUCAUCAGGACUAAAAGCCCUCCACGAGAGGCGCACCGUCCCCAGCUAGGUCAAAACCAUUGUCUAUAUUUUGUGAGAGGGGACGGAAGUAAAAAAAAAAACUCUGUGGUUCAAGACCUUUUUAUUUAGCCUUCCCAAAACAGCAAACUCAUUUUAAAGACUCAUUGCUCAGGUGACAGAAACUUUAUCCUCUCCAACCCUUCAUUCUCAAAAACCAGCCUUGUGUACUUGACUGCCCGGAACAGUGGCGGGCUAUGCGGUUUCACGGUGUUGUGGAAGAUCAAAGGUGGGGAAGCAUGGGAUGGGAACCCUGAGUUGUGUUUCCGAGGCCUCGGUGGGGCCCUGUGUUGUAUUUCUUACCCUCUGGGGAAUGCCAAAGGUGUUAGACUGGGCUAUUUCCUAGUCCCUAAGAAAAAUGUGAUUGAUUCUAAGGGCUGAUGGUUCAGGGCUGACUGCCCAUGGGCAGGCUCGGCUGUCCCCGCAGAAGCUGACCCACAGAUGUCUGGUGGUUCCCAGCAGCUCUAAUCCACUCAUCACCAGAACCCCACUGUUCUAAAUGUGCCCGUCAUUCUGAGGACUUCUGAACCCGCAGCUCUGGCAAAGGACGAUAAUGAGCUGCCUCUGGAUGACCAACACUGGAGACUCUGGCCUUACCAUGUGGAAAUAGUUUUCCUGAAGUCUGGAACUAAUUUUGAGAAGUUUUUUUCUCAACACUUUUGUGUUUCUAACACUGUAUUCUUGACUGUGUAAAUACCAACAAGGCUGUAAAUAAAUGCAGAUGUAGAUACCUUCUAGAAAAAAAAAAGGGGGGAAAGCAUAAAAACAAAACCAGAAGUGAUCCCGUGUAGCCUUCGUUGACAAAUAAAAGACUAUUUUGUGUUUAAAGGUG